AUGCCAACGGAUGGCCCAACGGCCAAGUUUCUCUACACCAUCAUCAAGCAGUUGGAUCUGAAGGCUAUUGACUGGAGCGUCGUUGCCUCCCAACUUGAGAUUUCCAACGGUCAUGCGGCACGGAUGCGCUAUUCUCGCUUCAGGCAACAGAUGGAGGGCAUCGCAUCCACACCACGAGCACCCCGCGCCAAGAAAACCCCCAACAAGUCCAAGGCCGGUUCGUGCAAGGCGGAUAUGCAACCGGAGGCAAAUAUCGCGCAGCCAAAGUCGGAGGUGAAGCAAGAUCCUGGUCUCCUGUUCUACCAGUCGAACCCGUUCAUCAAGACCGACCCAUACGGGCAGCAAAUCCCUUCUCUCGGAGACAUACCUCAAGCCACCUCUCCUCAGAUGCUGUCAAAUACGCCUCUACAGAUGUCCACAAUUCCGUAUUCGUCAGCCACCGUGGCUCCGUCGGACCUGAGAAUGUACGCAACCCCCCAUGCAUUUCCGAGCCUGUCACCAAUGGAGUUCGGGCAGCAUCCCAGUCCCCACCAUGUUUGGACUCCCGUCAAAGCUGAGCCGGAAGACCACGGAGUUGACGAUAUUCUUGUCAAGGUGGAGAAGAACGAGGAACCUGGGAUUUCCGCACAGUGUGAGGAGGUUGAAUACCAAGGAACAGCCAUCUUUGGUAUGGAAGGAGGGCCCAUGGAAAGCCGAAAGUGA